ACACUCCACGCUACCGGAAUUCACGUUUUAUAUAUAAAAAUGUCGAAAAAGGCGUCGAAGUUGUUGUGGAAGAGAAUUUCGACGAGCUAUAAAUACCUGAAAAUAAGUUGGACCGUGCAAGUGAGGGAAUUCUUCGAAUACUCCACUCUGCAUGGCGUAAAGUAUAUUGCUGAACACGGCAGACCCUUUCUGGAAAGGUCAAUUUUGUGGUUUGUUUGUGUUUUGAUCGGAGCAGUUGCUACAGUGGUGGUGAUAUUUAGUCUAUGGGAAAAGUUCCAGACCAAUCCGACAAUCACAGGACUGGACACGGAUUUUCAUAACUGGGAAGUACCGUUUCCUGCUGUCAUACUGUGUCCUACCGAUCCUGCUAAACAAGAACAAAUCAGGAGGCUCCUGGACAUAACGGAAAAUAGUACUACGCAGGAUCUUCAAAAAGCUGAUUUUAUCUAUGAUUUAACCAAACUUGAUUUCGAUUCUAUACCGAUAUUCACCAAGAAAUAUACUGAAGCUGACACGUACAUUGAUAAAAAUGAGGACAUUAGAAAUUAUAUUUACAAGUUCAUGGACGACUGUACUGACGUUUUUGACAAUUGCUCGUUCAAAGACAUGCCAUUCGGAUGCUGUUCUGCGCCAGACAAGCGAUUCACGCCGGUCUUCACCGAAACGGGGUUCUGUCACAGCUUUAAUUCCAGACAUUUUCGACGAUCCAACAACACGGCGUCAGCCGAGCCCGAGCAAUUUAAUAUGCAAUAUAUUAAGGAAGCCGACACGAAAUGGUCUCUGCAGUUCGCCUUGAAGACGGGGGAAGCAGUAACGUCGAUUUAUAUAUUAAAUUCGGAUGAGAUGGUCUCUAUGAAUAUUCAACCUCAACUCGAAUGGGACUAUCAAGUAUACAAAAUGGCGUUUUCCAUGAAGCAAACCUACACCACUGAAGACACCAGACAGCUGUCUAUUAAGCAAAGAAAGUGCGUGUUUGGAGAUGAAAUACCCUUACAUGUGGACAGUUUCUACACGUACUCGGCGUGCACGAUCCAGUGCCGCAUGGAGAACGCAAGGAAAUUUUGCGGCUGCGUGCCCCACUUCUAUCCCAGCGUCGCGGACUUUCCUUAUUGCACUCUGGAGCGGCUCGAAUGCGUGGCCAAGAAUUUCGAGGCCGUCAAAAGCAUCGACAGAUGCAACUGCCAGCUGGGCUGCAGGAAUAUCGUUUAUGAGAUCGAGGCGCAGUACUCAAAAUCGAUGGAUGUGACUGUUAAUGAAAUGGACAUUGGUUUUGUUUCAUGGCCAAUGGUCAGAUACAAGAGAGAAGUUCUAUUUGGAUGGGUCGAUUUACUUGUGUCUUUUGGAGGCAUUGCUGGAUUAUUCCUUGGUUUCAGUCUAUUAUCAGUUGUGGAAAUAUUUUACUACUUUAUCAUUAGGGCUUGUAUAGCUGCUUUCAAAGAGAGACCUCAGCUAGACAGGAUAAAAAAGGAACAAGAGUCCAGACCAAUACCUCCUUAUGACUUAAGCCUUGUUCCAUAUUUCUUUUCAGAUCCUUUGCCAGGUGGUGGCAUUGACGUUAUAUUAAAAAUAUACGAAAAAAGUACAUUUAGAAAAAUGUUCAAUAAAAAUAAAAUUGGAUUUUCUCUGAACGGAAAACCGCCGGAAAAAUGGGCAACAAGAAAAAAUAUCGUUUCCCCAUUCGGAAUAGAAUUUGUUAAUUAAUUUUAUAAACAAACACAAUCUCUCCGCACGAUAUAUUUUUAUUUAAAACAAAUUGCAAAUACAUUUACAGUUUUGUUCUUCGUAAUAACAGUUUUAUUUUUACCAAAAUUUUCUAUUAAAUUGUAAAAAUUUAAUAAACAUUUACAUUCUAUAUAAAUAUGAAAAUUUGAAAUAAUUUGUUUUGGUAUUUUUUGUAAUAGUAUUUUCUCCAAAAUUAAAUUACUCUAAGCGUAUUAAACAAGAGUAUCAGUUUUAAAUAAACAAAUAUUAUUAUUGAAUAUUUCGGAAAAGUAGA